AGAACAGGAACCCAAAAACAAAAAAGCACCGCCAACAAACGACUUCACACUACCAAAAAAGAAAAGAAGCCGAAAACUCGAUGAAAGCAAAGUAAUUGGCAGCCUCGGUUAUGGAAGCCAAGUCGGGGAAUUAUCGCCAGCAUCUUUCUCCAUAUUCCUUAUCAGUAUCUUACCAUUUGUUCCAUUCUCUCUUCUCCUUCACGCCUCUCUGACUUUCCUCUUAUAACCCACUUCGAUGCUUUCUCUUCCUUGAUUUCCUUGGAGACCUCGCAUUGUUUUUUUCUCUAGUAAUUGGAUUUUUUGCUAUCUCUUUUUCUUUUUGAUGCAAUGUACAGCCCAGAUCGCUGCUUGUUCAUUGACUCGACUAGGACUUCACAACAGUUGAAUCUUGAUCGUCCAUUUUUGUCAGGUGGCUUGUUUCUCAACGACCAAACACUGCCUCCCUCGAUCGUUUCAUUCAUUUCGUUAAAGACCCAGAAAUGUUUUGUUGAUAAAAAUGACAAUUUGAGUUUGGUUUCAUGUUUUGUGGGUGGUGGGAAGAGUAGUAAAACGCUGCGUUCUGUAAAGUCGAGGAGAGGUGGUGGUAAAGGGGGCUGGUUUUUAUCGGUGAGUUUGUCGCGGGAGGAAGGGUAUGUUGGCGAAUCAGGAGAAACUUGGGGGCAAAAUGGGGAUAAGAAUUUGGAAGAAGCGGAAGUGGUGGAAGAGGAGAAAGAGAAGUUGAAAGUAAAGAAGGGAUCAGGUGCUUUGAAUACCACCAAACAUCUUUGGGCUGGUGCUGUUGCCGCUAUGGUUUCAAGGACUUUCAUUGCUCCUAUGGAGAGAUUGAAGUUGGAAUACAUUGUUCGCGGUGAACAGAAAAACCUUAUUGAACUAAUUAAAUCUAUUUCAUCCUUAGAAGGGUUGAAAGGUUUUUGGAAAGGGAAUUUUAUCAAUAUUCUUCGUACUGCUCCUUUUAAGGCUAUAAAUUUCUAUGCAUAUGAUACUUACAGAAGUCAACUAUUGAAAUUUUCUGGAAAUGAGGAAGCGACAAACUUUCAGAGGUUUCUUUCUGGUGCUGCAGCUGGGAUUACUGCUACUUUGCUUUGCUUACCUAUGGACACUAUAAGGACAGUAAUGGUAGCACCGGGUGGGGAAGCAUUGGGUGGUUUAAUUGGUGCUUUCCGUCACAUGAUUCAGACUGAAGGGUUCUUUUCACUUUAUAAGGGACUAGUGCCCUCAAUUAUAAGCAUGGCACCUUCAGGUGCAGUCUUCUAUGGUGUCUAUGAUAUAUUGAAGUCAGCCUAUCUUCAUUCACCUGAAGGGAGAAAAAGAAUUCAAGACAUGAAACAAGGUGGGCAGGAGCUGAAUGCAUUUGAACAAUUAGAAUUAGGUCCUAUUAGAACAUUACUAUAUGGGGCAAUUGCUGGUGCAUGUUCUGAAGCUGCGACUUAUCCAUUUGAAGUAGUGAGGAGGCAUCUUCAAAUGCAAGUUCGUGCGACGAAGUUAAGUGCAUUGGCAACUUGUGUCAGGAUAGUUGAGCAAGGUGGCAUUUCUGCUCUUUAUGCGGGAUUGGUUCCCAGCUUACUGCAGGUCUUACCUUCAGCUGCCAUAAGUUACCUUGUUUACGAGUUCAUGAAGAUAGUGCUAAAGGUGGAAUUGGCAUAGGAAUUUUAUCUACUUGACUAAAAAAAUAUAGGAGGGAACUAUUGAGAUUGAGGCUGGGGGUGGCGUUUUAUUUCAUAGAAGGAAACCUUGACAACUUCAAGUUUACCUGCAUCAGUUUACAACACAACAGAAGGACAAUAAUCAUUUGUAAAAUUUCUAUUGACAUGAUGUUCUUUAAACUUAUUUGAUAGAUCAACCACUUUGAAUUAUUUCGAAAAUAACUUUUACUUGUUUAGUAGAAUUAUGAGUAUAAUUUAUUUUCUCAAUGUAGAAUCAAUGUUGCUUGGCU